AUGUCUAAUUUUCAUCAGGAGUCCACUUCAAUUAAUAUGCACUAUGUGGAGGAAAAGGAUAAUCGUCCUCUUCCACCUAUUCCUAACAAGCCCUAUGGACAAGAUUCUGAAAUGCAGGAUGAUGAUCCAAAUGUGUAUCCUAUAGAAAAUAUUGUCCUUGACAUUGCAAAUGAAACACAAGCCAUUAAUACGGGUUUAGACGAUGGUAAUAGAAUCGGAAGAAACAAUUUGAACAGUAAUGUAAAACAGCGUAUUAAAGUUCAAAAAAUUAGAAACUGCGUUCGUGUCUGUUUCUGUUGGUGCACUUUUGUGAUGGAUUUAGUAAAUGCCUACACUGUUGCUAAUCAUUAUAUCGGAGUGAAUAUUACUGAUACACCUUACUUUGGUUGGAUAAUUGCCUUUGUAAUUUUAGCACUUGUAUCGUCAUUUGGAACAUG